CUUGAAGAUAAGAUGUUACUUGGUUGAAUAUCUAGAGAUAAGAGUCCACAAGAAAUAUAAUAUGAAGAAGAAUAUUGAUAAUUAAAAGUCAAUUUUAAAAAACUUUUUGGCAACUACAGUCCAAAUUCCAGAUAUAAAUUUCACAGAUUUAUUAGUAAAGAAGUAAAUUAGUUAUACAAAAUUUCAGUUUUCGUAAAAGAUCCCAACAUGGCUUGCUGUCCGCCAAAUUGCUCUCCUUGCUGCGCAGGUCCCCCUUCUGUUCCUUUCUGCCCGCCACCAUGUUCUCCUUGCUACGCGGGCCCCAAUUUCAUGCCACCUUGUGCUCCGUGUUGGACAGGAGCCAGUCAAGCCACGUGGAUGCCCACGUGUUAUCCAAUUAACGCUUCAUGCUUUUGCUGCCCCCCUGCACCACCUCCAAAGCCUAAAUGUGGACCCAACGGACCAAGAAUAUACAUGCUAAGUAUUAUAUGUUUCAGCCCUUGUGGACCAUGCAUCCCCCCACCGAACCCUGUUUUGUUUCCAGCCGCUAUGUGUUGUAUGGUUACACCCCCACCUAUAUGUCCCCCAACAUACCCCCAACCUGUUCGACCCCUCAUGAUUCCUUGUCCUAAAAACUGUGCCCCGUGGCCAGAUUUGACAGAAGAUCAAGAAUACAUACUCCGUUUUUCCAACUUUUACAACAACUACAACAAAGAUUACCACACGAUCAGUCCUUGUUCCAAACCGCCCAAAUGCGUGCCCGGUAUGGGCGUUUGCGGCCCCCCCAGGUACUGCACUGACGUAAAAAGGAAGAAGAAUAGACCAUUGGCGGAGGAGGCAGGUUGUCCGACAGGUUUCAAACCGUGUUACAUGAAAAUGUUUCCCCCUGCUGAUAACCAUCCUUGCGGAGUUUGGUGCGCCGAAGUACAGCUGUGUCCCCAGAAGCCGAGACAACCGAAGUUCUACAAUCCGGGGCCUUGCAAGAGGCCUUGCUGCAAGCACAGACCUAGCAGCGGUAGAUGCAUCUACGAUUUGCCCUGUAAAGCGGCCUGCUUCCGGCAUGUGCCUGGAAUCCACCCUUGCAAUCCUUGGCUGGACUAAUCUAGUUCUUCCUGUAAAGAAGGAAAAGGUGCGUUGUGUAUUUUAAGAGGUAGCAAAGAGGAAACUUGUUGGGAGAUGAUUUUUGUUUCAAGAAAUGUUAUUUUUUGUAGUGUGGAAUAAUGUAAAAUCG